AUGUCAGAUUACAGCCCCAACGGGAACACCCGCCCGUACACAAUGCUGUGUGGGUCCUUACCACGGGCCUCGGGCAAUGUUCGCGACGCGUACGUUCGGUUCCUGGCAAUCAGGGAUCCGGCCGAGCGAUUUUCCGAUGGUGUGUAUCCUCCUCCCGUUAUGUUCACGUUUCGUCUUCGGUGGAUCACUCGACCCAUUCUCUCCGAAUCACCUUUGGGUCUCGCGUCCAAACAAACUAUUCUGCAUUCAGAGCCUGUCGUGCUAGCAAGACCGAAAAUGGCGUCAGCUACCAUUGUUCGGUUCAGCCUCAUAUUUUACGCGCCACCUUCUGCCGUUCAGGCUUGCAAGACUGCCAUCUUCAGAGCCGGCGCUGGCCGCCACUCUGGCCCAGGAAACUACACUGAAUGCUGUUGGUCUACAAUGGGAACUGGGCAGUUCCGUCCCGGAGACGCAGCCAACCCUCAUAUCGGAAGAGUUGGUGAAUUGGAAGAGACACCUGAGGUUCGGGUUGAAACCCUAUGUGUAGGCGAGGACGUUGCCCGGAAGGCUGUCGAAUCGCUGAAGUCUGUUCAUCCUUACGAGGAGCCUGUUUAUGUCGUAGCCAGAUUGGAGGACUUUUGA